ACACUAGGGAUGCUGGUCGGAAAUAUCAAUUUGUGAAAUGAAACUACAGUAUCUUAAUACCGGGCCAGCUCUCCUUAUCGCUUUCCAAUAUCUGACUGUACUUGGAAGAUUUUCACGCAACUGCGGCUCGUGAGUGAAUAUUAACAGAAAUCCAAACUAAAUUGCAUUCUAUUGUUGUUUACGAGGCAUGCAAAUAUACAGUUUCCGAUCGGAUUUUAACUAAAUUUCAAUCACACUUAUUGACGAUCUGUUAGCGCUGCAGUCGUUUUAUGUAAAAUUGUAGCGAAGUGUUUUUCAUAUAUUUUUGUUACGGGGACUUUGAUGGGAUUAAUCGGUUUGCACAUCUGAUAACUUGAUCAUAUCAUAUUUCACUUAAGUGCAAGACGCAAAUUACACAAAACUAAUGCAACUAUAUCUUGUUCACACGAAACAUUGCUUAUAUUAUUAAAAGAAUAUUUUAUCGCACGCUAUUUAUUACAAACAGUAUUAGUUAGUGCUAAAAUAUGGAUCAAUUGCUAUUAUUAUUUUGGAAUCAGCUUUUAUAAGCAAAACGUUCUGGAGGAGGAGUCAUAAUUUCGGCGAAAACAAAUUAACUGACAGUUCGACGUCUUUAUAUAAUUGGAACCAUCUGGUUUAUGAUCGAUUUGUUUAUACUUUUUUUCUGUUUUAUUUUACUGUAGCGGAACCCCUGGCAUGGAGGUAUAUAAGUACUUCUACAGUUUUACAGCUCACAGAUAACCUACUCUCGUGAGUAUUCAGGAAUGUAAGCAUCAAUAUAUGAGAGACAUGUAUGAUCUCUUAGUACAGUGAUUGCACUCUCAGGAAUACCUAUACACACAUAACACAUACAUACAGGUUUAACCAUACAGUUGCGGUAUAGGAGACAUUUCUUUAUAUACUGUGCAGUGUGAUUGUUCAGGGAGAAAACAUGUAAAGAAGCUCGCUACCAGCGCAGGAUAUGUUAUAAUAUAUUAUUGUGUUUGUUUUCCAGUACAGCAUUAGAUCAUUUUAUCUGUUUUGAGUUUUUCUAAGGAAAGGAUUAAAGGGAUUAAAGGGAUAAAAAUGGGAUGUUCAGCAGGGAAAACGAAAGAAGAGCAGCUUCUAUUUGAGAAGAAGUUGUUGUUGGGUUUUACAGCCCUGACAUUAGUUGGAUACUUGAUGGAGAUUAUUGCUGUAAGCACAGAUUCCUGGUUGUUGUUUUAUAUUGAAGGUGGAGUAUAUCAAGAAGGGACAGAAAAAUAUUUACAGCGAGUUUAUAGCGGUUUAUGGCGUAUCUGUAAGAUUGAAAGAACUGUUCAGGAUGAUCCAGAAACAGAAGCUGAGAGAUGCGAAUACCACAACUUUUUUCCAUCAAAAAAGGAAAUUAUAUUUGACGAGGCAAUAGACAGACAAGCUUUGGAUUACAUGCGAACGGGAUGCGCCUUCAGCAUUAUAACGAUAAUCCUGAUGUUUUUGGUCCACCUGUUCGCGGUAUACACAAUUCGCAGACCGAGAUACACUAUCAAAAGAUUGACAGCCCUACUGUACAUUAUGACAGCUGCCUGUAUUGUCGUAAUGAACGAGGUUUUCAUCCGAACAACGGAGUAUGGCGCUGAGAAUCUUCCAGCCCGAUUUCCUAAAGGAGCAGAGUACGAGUAUGGCUACUCCUUUGUGUUGUCUUGGAUAGUAUUCGUCUUCUAUAUUGCUGCAGGAAUUACAUUUUUGUUUGUGUCACAUAAGAGAAAAGCAAAACUUGGGGAUACCGAUGAUGCACUUGCAGAGGAAGAUGAACCAAUGCAAAUCAGGCGAUAAAAUCAUACGUUUUUUAUUGUUGACGGAAAAGUGAAAGGGAGAAUACGGCAAUAACAAAAAUGAAGCAAGUGAUUAGACUUUACCAAGAAUGAGUUUGUUCACCAAUGUUUUCAACAUCAUCCAUAAAAGUCGUGCUAAAACGAUAGAGUGUUCGAUGAUUGGAUAUGUUACCUUUUGUUAUAUUUACCGUAACUAUUGGCUUAUAUUAUUUAAGAAACAAAGGUAUAUGUGCAAAUCAGUUGUUUGCCCAAUCCCUGACUUUGGCGUUAAGUGAAUGACUCGGAAAUAUUUACCAUGCUCUCUUCCUUGAUAGAAGUAAUGUUCUACUAUGCUCAUUCCGUGUGGACCGUGGGGCAUACUUAAAUAUGCUAGAGAUGUUCAAAAAUACCUUCCCGGGGACAAGUAAUCUGUUAAGAUAAUUUCGGUCACUACUUGGAUAUGUAAGAAUGGGUACUGUUGGCAGACAGGGAAUAAGUCACAAGUCAUUAUUCUAUAUUAUUGCUCACAUCAUCUGAUAUCAUAAAAUAUCUAAACAUUUAUACAGCUACCACUACUUCCUGUAUAUUUUCAAGAGAAAAGUAGUCGGAUAUGACCGAUACGGACAUGGAGCACAGAUAUAUACAGAAAGUGGAGCUAGAUUUAUUUCUGUGUCAUGGUUGACGGUCAUAAAGUAUGAAUUUGAGAAGAAUGGACGUAGAAUAUACAGCCGUACUGAAAAGACAGAAAGAUGGUUACUAUUUUCAUUUUUGAAAGGAAUGGGAAUAAGAUUUACACGAAAAAAUCUCGAAACGAUCAUCGACAUUGUUAGCAAAGACACACACUGUCGUAGGGAAACUGCUUCACGGCUUAUACAGCACGAACUUUGAAUUACGUGAUAAUGUAGGCAUCAGAAUAUUUGUACAGAUAUGAAAAAGAAUUAAUGUGCGAAACAUGUUUGAUUCUGUUCAUCAUAAAUGUGAGCUCUCAGUCUCAAAGUAAACAAAACGCCCUGUCACAAAAAAUAAAACACCCUUAUUCUUGACUAGGAAAUGGCAAUGUGUUGUCGUAAAUUUUCACAGAUUCGUCAUAAUUUGUAUACUUUGUAAAUCCAAUUUCAGAUUUAUGUGAUGUUUAUUAAACGUUUGCUAGGAAAUAGGGCUAAGUAAGUAGAUUAAAUUU